UGCUGCCUGAGCUGUCGAAAAAUCCGUUUUGAUAAAUAUAUCAGUUAUAUCCGAUAAUAUUGUUAUCACUGAUUACGUACCUACAUUUAUCAGCAAAAUGUCUUUUAUGUCUCGCAGUACGGACGGGUUAACUCGGUUCAAUAUUACUAUCUAAUGUCUAGAUACGUUUUUUUUUGCAAAAAAGUACAGAAGAAAUUAGUGAAUAAACUGCAGCUAUCAUGGAAAGUAAAGGUCCCAAUGGCUUUGACGCACCUAUUUCAUCAGAGCACCCCGCAGGGCCCCCUCCUUACUCUGGAUACCCGCCAGGCCCGCCGCCGGUCCAUGCCAUUCAUAUGGCCCCAGGGGCAGUAAUCAUCCAGCAGAGCGUGGGGCCAGAUCCUACGCAAACGACUUGCCGUUCUUGCAACCAGAAUAUAGUCACAAGGGUUGAACGCAAGGCAUCGACGAGAACACACAUUAUUGCUGCUCUUCUUUGUAUAUUUCUUUGCUGGCCUUGCGUAUGCGUCCCUUACUGCAUGGACUCUUGCCUCAACACUGACCACUACUGCACAAAUUGUGGAGCUUUCAUUGGAACCUACAUGAGAUAGACUUACUCCAUAAGU